AAUCGAGGAAUAGAGAGAGAAAAAUCGAAUCAAAAACAGUGGGAGAUGAAGUUUACAGACUCACCGGUAAUCGAAUUGAAGGUUCGAGAUAAAACCCUAGCAAUCGAACAAGACAAUGGUUCAAUGCACGUUGGCACUUCAGUGUGGCCGUGUUCACUCGUUCUCGUCAAAUUUCUUGAGCGUUGGUUAUUAUCCAACUCUUCUUCUUCGUCGUCCUCUUCUUCUUCUUCCACCACUCCAAAACCCUACACCCAUCUUCUCAACUUCUCCGGUAAGAAAGCGAUUGAAUUAGGUUGUGGAUGUGGGCCAGCUGGAAUGGGCUUAAUUUUGUUGGGCUUGGAAAAUAUCAUCCUCACUGAUAUUAUUCCAGUUAUGCCUGCACUGAAACGAAACCUCAAAAGAAACAAACCUGUUCUUGGGAAAAACCUUAAAAUUUCUCAACUUUAUUGGAACAAUCUUAAUCAAAUCAAAACCUUAAAUCCUCCUUUUGAUUUUGUAAUUGCUGCUGAUGUUGUUUACAUCGAAGAAUCUGUUGGGCAUCUUGUUUCUGCAAUGGAAUCUCUUGUUUCUGAUACUGGUUUUAUUUUGUUAGGUUAUCAAAUUAGGUCACCUGAAGCUCAUAAAUUGUUUUGGGAAUUAUGUGAAAAUGUUUUUGUUAUUGAGAAAGUUCCUCAUGAAGAUUUGCAUCCAGAGUAUGCUUAUGAAGAAGCUGAUGUUUAUGUAAUGAAGAAGAAGAUGGCGAAUUGAGGAAGAUAGUAAAGUGAUUUCAGAUUUGUGGCCAUCCUACAAUGUGUAAGAGUUCCUUACCUAACAUGACUUCUCGAUUCAUGAAAUAUGGACUGCUUGGUAUGUCUGGCCUCCCAAUUAAAUGAUCAAGAUACCUGAAAGACGUUUUUAAGGGAAAUGAACAGGAAGUUGGGAUAUGAAGCAUAAUAAAUUGAUAUAAAUUUGUAAUAUACAUAAUCUCCAGUAAGUAAAUAAAUGUAGAGCCCUUAAUAAUCAAUUGUUUAUGUUUUCAGCUCUAGAUUUCUUUUUGAACGCAUGCAGUAGUAUUACAUUGAAUCAUUAAAUCCUGUUUCAAUUCCACAAGAAGAGUGCUCUUAGGUUUGAA